CAUAAGACUAUCAUUAUACAUAACCAAGAAAAUUUGUCGAAAUAGAAAAUAGAUGUUGUGUUCUGUAUGUGUGUAUAAGAUUGAAUACCUUUUCGGCUAUAAUUCCAGACGAACGAGGCAACGGAAGGAAUUCACACCUCAACAUGUUUAACUGUUGGAAGUCACAGCAACAGCAUAAGAAGACUACCUGUAUCUUUCUCUUAUGCAUGACUACUCUUAUAGUGUUAACCUACUGGGUGACUGGAGACCUACCUAAUAUUUCAAAUCCACGACAAUACAAGACCGGUGAAAAUGCUUCCCAAAUUAAUUUUGGUUACAAAACAAAAAAGCGAGGAUCUGGGACUCACUUGCUCAAACAACAAUGCAGGAAUGCAACGCAAGCCAGUAAAACUGACUUUGCCCACGUUUUAAGGAACCUCGUCGUCAUUGACAGAUACAAGGUACUAUAUUGCCGAGCAGGUAAAACAGGCAGCUGGACAACUCUGCAGCUCCUUUAUAACUUGGAGCUAGAAACCAAUAUGAGCCGACGUGAUGUGAGGAAGCUGGCUGAAAAGAAGCCCUUACCUGUUCUUUCCGACUUUUCUCAGGAUGGAAUUACACAUCGCCUAGCUACUUACAAGAAAUUUCUUGUAGCACGAAAUCCACUUGAAAGACUUGCCUCUGUGUGGAGUGGCUUUUUUCUUACAUAUCCCCAAUUCGGAUGGAAUGAGCGAUAUCAAGGAAUGUUGAGAGUCAUUUGCCCGGAGAAUUCUACAAAAAAUGAAACAUGUCAUGAGGCAACUGAAAUAAAAGGAAACGGUAACAAAACGCAUCGACUGGUUCCGUUUAGAGCCUUCAUAAAAGCUUUAGCUGAAAAUAGAACAGAGUUCUCGAAUCAACAUUGGAGACCGAUUAACGAGUUAUGCUCACCUUGUCAAGUAAGUAUGGAUAGCAAAUCUAUUCCCUUGAUUCAGAUGUAUACAGACAGAGAUUUCAUCUUAGUUGAUAGUACGGUCUGACAGUCACUAAUCACUUAUCUUGAGCCGUGCGUAUAAUAGUUGGUAGGACAUGCGAAGUAAGUAUUAUGCCCGUUUUUCUUCUGCUGCCUU